UGCCACUGUCACCUUCUUCUGCUUCAAAGACUUCACAAUCUUAUGUACGUGAAUGAAAUAUCUCUUUUUCGAAAAGCCCCACCGCCUCAUUGCCCCUCAAGAACCCAAUAACUUCUUUGCAUAAUACUGUAACCAUUUUCGUAUAUCACACUCUUUAUAAUCCCUUAAAAGAGAAAUAUUAAUAUACAAAAGAACCCAAAAAAAAAAAAAGCAAAAUUUCCGUUGAAGAAAUUGCUGAUUCCUUCAUCAAAACUAAUUCUCUCUCUUUAGGCAUUUAUAUAGCUUCUUCACCUAGUGAGUAACUCUUGUGUCAGUCAGAGAGAGAGAGAGAGAGAGAGAGAGGAGGAGGAGGAGGAGAUAGUCAUAGUUAAAGAGCUAGGAGUGGGAACUUUAUUUCUUUUGGCUUUAAGAGAAGGGUGAAGCUUUGAAGUCUUUAGAAAAGAAAGCUUACUUGCAAUGAGAAAGAAGAUAUUGGUUUUAAUACAGUGUCUUUUGUUGCUGGAAUGCUUUCUGGUCUUGGGUAUGGAGGCAGUAGUGGUGCAGGAGAAAGCAGAUGUAUCAAUUCCAGUGACAACAUUGUCACCUCCAGAAGGCAACACAACAUUCCUUGGGGGCACGACAUGGUGUGUCGCCCUUGCGGGUGUGUCUCAAAUAGAUUUGCAGAAUGCAUUAGACUGGGCAUGUGGUCUAGGGUUGGCAGAUUGCAGGCCAAUCCAGCAAGGUGGAGCCUGUUAUGAACCUGACACUCUGCUCUCUCAUGCCUCCUAUGCUUUCAACAACUAUUACCAGCAAAAUGGCAACUCUGAUAUUGCUUGCAAUUUUGGAGGAACUGCUAUUCUUACUAAAAGUAAUCCAAGUUAUGGAAAAUGUGUAUAUUCAGCAUCCGGAGUAGGAUCUCUCCGGUCGUCGGCGCCUCCGUCGGCCAAGAAUAUACCAAGCUUCGUGUGGUGGAAAUUCGCCGGGAUUUUGCUGCUUUUGUACUGGAGAAGCCAGAUCAUUUAAGAGGGUCGACUUGUGGAUGAAGCUUAAAUAUGCUUGAUCGUCUCUCAUGUUUAUGAAAAUGAAAAAGGGAAAAAGAAUUAGGGGUGGAUCAGAUUUAAGGCUGAGUUUUUAGUUUCUUUUUCUUUUUUCUUUUUGGGUACUUGGAAUUGCUCAGGUUAUUCUUAUCCUUGUUUUUGGGGUAUGGAAUCAAUGGAGUUUGCAAAUCAAAUCCUACUUUUUGUCC